AAGUGUGGCUCAAACGCAGGCGUCCCAGGGCCAGCGGAGACAUCGCAUGGAGACGACACAGGUUUCAGCUGCAUGCACGGGAGAUCUGCCACUUCCAGGGCAGUGCCCUGCGGUGACCCUGUACGUUGACUGGGCCUCUUGGGGGCUGUUUCAUAUAGUAUGGCCCUUCGCAGUGCAGAUGAUUCUGAGCAUACUGUUCCUCGUUCUGCUGCACCCCGCGUACGUGGCGGCCUUCUACAGGAACCAGAACUUCCAGCGACGGGCGAAGACGUACUUUGGCACGAGCGACCGCCCGAAGGUGGCCCGGCCGCUGGGCCUCGUGGUCUUCUCCACGGUCCAGGUGUUCUCCUCGCUAGCGGCAGUCGGCAUCUGGGUGUUCCACACGUACCGGCGGAAGACCUCCCGCGUCACGAACAGUGUCUUGUUGGCGUUGGCGUUUGUGGACGUGGCCUGCUGGAUCACGGGCCGCGUCUCGAGGAGCUGUGAGCUGUCCAGCCUCUGGGAGCUCAACGCGAUCGUCGACGUGUCAACGUGCACCCCCGUCUUCGCACGAGCGCUUGGUUUGCUCAGCGGGUACGACGACUGGCUGAGCCUUCAUUUUCUCAGAUCUUUCUCGGCCCUGAACAGCUUCGAGCGGGCACGGCGUAUAGCACAGCUCGACGUGCACACAGCGGGGUUGGCACAGGUGCGAGUGCAGCUCGCCUUGCGAGUCGUUUCCCUUCUGACCGUGAUGGCUGGUACGAUUUUUACGUUCGAGGUUUUAGGGGAUCCCCAUUGGUUGAGAGACAGCUUUGUGGAAACUGAAUCUGGUGACUCGGUCUCAUUCGUGCAAAUGGUAUACUGGAUAGUUGUGUCGAUUACUACUGUUGGUUAUGGUGAUUUUGCUCCGAGGACUGUGCUUACACGAGUUAUGACGACCGUAUUCAUUGUCGUGGGUGUUGCUUCAAUCUACAUCAUCCAGUUCACUUUUACAGAGUUGAUGAGACGUCAGCACGAGGGCACUGGAAGAUAUUGGCAUCGCAGUUGGGGCCAGAGAAGGCACGUGGUGGUCAUUUUGAAUCACAAGGGUGAGGCCUCGCGCGCAGCUCCGUUGAUCCACGGUCUGUUACAGGAACUGAUGCAUGCUUCGCACAAUCAGGCCGAGGAUUAUCAUGAUCUCGCAUCCUCUGCGUGGUCGCAUUUCCGCCGCUGGUGCCAGAGCGGGAUAUCGAAGCCCAAGAAGAAUUGGCCCGACGUAGUCAUAUUCUCGCCCACGAAGUGGGAACCCGAAAACAGCGACGAUUCGACCUUCCAGAAGUUCCUGGAAAUGACGGAGGAGUUCCCUCGGAAUGUGCGGAGCCGUGUCUGGUUUCUCGUCGGCGAUGCAACGUCGCGGUCAGAUCUAGACCGCGCCCGGGUGCGGGACAGUGCCUUGACGUACAUGCUCUCGGACAUACGGAGCCUUGCGCCCGAUCGGGACGACGCGCAGACCAUCCACGCGGCCGUGGUCCUGAGAGAUUUCUACCCCGACGUGCGCCUGCGCCUCAUGGUGAACAAGCCAGAGUCCAAGGUCCUGGCGCUGCAGGCGGGCUUCGAGACCACCCGGUGUAUCUCGACGCGGGAGCUCGCCGCCAGCAUGAUGGCGCAGAACGCGCGGUGCCAGGGCCUCCUGCCUGCGGUCGCCGCGCUGAUGAAGUCCGUGGACGCGGACGACGAGGAGUUCUUCGUGCGGCGCGCCGCGGAGCAGUUCCUGCAGCACGCGGGGCCCGCCGGAGCCGCGCCCGCCGGCGCCGGCUGGCCCGGCGAGGGCGCAGGCGGCACCUGGACAGGCAGGGGCUCGAAGAGGACCAGCGCCGGCAGCAUGGCCAGCAUCAGCAACUGCAAGAACAUGGACGAGAUCAACAAGGUGCUGCGGAAGAGCCAGACGCAGUGGAGCAGCAGGACGCAGAGCUACGAGUACACGGACCCCUGGCUGUUCGAGUACCUGGAGGGGACCGCGCACGCCGCGUUCGGCUUCGACCUGCACCAGAAGUUCGAGGGUGUGGGCUUCGGGGCCCUGGUGAUAUCCGUCUACGGGGAGACAGGCGCGAUCGUCCUCGGGGUGCAGGCAAAAGGGAGGGUCGUUCUAUGCCCCCAGGCAAAGGGUUGGAGGGCCCGCGCCGGCAUGGUCUGCUUCGCGAUCGCCAGGUCGUCGAGCUCUCUGGACCCCGUGCGCCUGAGCCGGGACGACAGGACCUCCUGGCGGAACACCUUCCAGGUAUCCAGGCGGCUCCGUCGCGCGCAGGGGGUGCGCAGGGGGAGGCACCUGGACGCGGCCGAGAUGAUCGGCCUCUCGCUGAGGAGGGCGCUGAUGCCGCCCCAGGGCGCCGGGGCCGGCGAAGGCUCCCUCGCGGGGCCGGACACGCCGAAGUACCCCUCCGCCACCUGGCAGCCGACGAUCGACACCUCGCUCGAGAUCACCAGGGACGUGAGCAGGGAGCUGAGUUCCCCUACUCGCCGCAGGAGGAGCUUCGGCAGAGCAGAGGUGGCACCACCGCUCCAGCCGUCCGCCCCCGCGGAGAUGCAGGGGGCCGAGGCCGCCCGAGCCCUGCGGGAGAGCCUGCAGCCUGGCGAGGACCUGAUGAUGCUCGUCGUCUGCGAGGGGGGCUCCUGGCAGAUGGUGCGGACGUUUCUGAGGACCCUGCGGCAGGACCACCUCCCCGUCAUCCAGCCGGUUGUGGUGCUGGCACCCGCGCGGGCCCCGCCCGGCCUCCUCGAGGACUACGGCUUCCGGGUGGCUUGCAUGCAGGGGUCCUGCCUGCAAGCGCAGGCCCUGGUGGAGGCGGGGCUGCUCGAGGCCAGCACGGUGGUGGUGCUCGCAGGGGAGCCCGCCGAGCACAGCCGCCUGUCGGACCACAACCUCAUUCUGUGCGCGCAGGUGCUCGACUUUUGGCUGGGCGCGUUCCCGAAUCGGGUCUUCGUUUCCUUCGAGCUGCGGGACUCGGCGUCCGCGAGACACUUGCCGAAGCUGCGUGGCAAGACGGUCUCCGAGGACCGUUCAGACCUGCACCAGUGGGCUAUGACAGGGGUUGAAGGCAGCCACUGGCGUGGAGGAGAGCCGCUGUCUCCAGUCGGCGUCAUAAACAGGCGCAGGUCCGCAGGCUCUCUAGGGAUCACGUCGUCUUUCACGAAGCACGGCGAGCCCGCCGGGGACGCGCUGGCGAUAAGCCGGUUCACCUCGGGCGAGAGCGCGCGCCCUUUGGCACUCGACGCAGAGACGGCGUCCGCCUCGGACCCCCUCAGCCCCACCAGAAGCUGCUCGGCGCCCUUGCCGACUAGGAGGCAUUCGUUCCUGCCGUUCAGCCUCGACGUGGACGCCCAGGAGGAGAUUGAGAUGCCGAUGUGGCUGAGCGAUGACGACCCUGACAACGGGAUCCUGGAGGCGGAUUCGGACAACGACGAGCAGUUGGGCGCUGGCAUCGAAGAUGAAGGUCACCGACAGAGGAGCCCGUGGGACACGCUCCUCGAGUCCAGCGGGCGCAGCGCCGUGGCGGAGGAGCGGAGCCACGAGAGCAUCAUGUUCCACCCGCGGUUCGCGGCCGGCCAGAUUUUCACCCCAGAGCUGUGGGGGCCUCGUGGCAUCAGGUUGCGCAGCUACCGGCUCAGGCCGAGCGGAGCGGCGGGCGCGACUUGGCGCGGGGAGCCUGCGGUGCCGAGCACGGCGAUGGCGCGCAUUGCGCGGCGCUCGCUGCGGCUGCGGGAGGUGCCGCUGUUCAGCCUCCGAGGGGGCAUGCCCAGGGGCGACGGGGGCGAGACCGCGCUGAACUUGUUCGAGCCGCGCUACGUGGAGCUCGCGCGUCGAGCGAACCCGUCGACCUCGAGAGGGCAGUUCGGCUACACGGACGUUGCUCAGAGGCGGAAGGGUGGCAGCGGCGUGCUCGUCAAGAUCGACGAGAGUGGGAUGCGGUGGGCCAGCAAGGAGGGCCCCGUGAGCGUCUUCGGGCGAGGCCAGAGGCGGUUCCGCGUGCUGUCCCUCGCGGCCGAGCAGGUCGGAGAUGGCAGCACCGCGCCCCUGCACGUGGCGUGCGUGCAGCUCCUUCACGACAGGGACCUGGCGCGCUUCCCCGCCAGCUUCGUGGGGCUCGCCGAGGAACCCUGUCAGGAGCCGCCGGAGACCAUCUUUGGCCAGGUCUACACGGAGGAGCAGGGCGGCUGGGGCUAUGCCUCCUACCACUUCGAGGAGGGCGGCGCUUACAUCUCCUACGAGAGCGCGCUCUGCUCCAACUUCCCCGCCCUCGACGACGGCUCCAUGCCCCCUGCCAGGAAAUAUUUCUGUGAGGGCGCGACGUUCGACCUGGCCUCGCGGACGUUUCGGGGGUCGGUGAGCUGGCAUCCCACCACGUGGCAGGGCGAUGAGCGAUGGGAGUACGAGAUGGUGUUCUCCUCUGACCUGGAGGCCAUCGUUGGCGGGAGCGUGCACAGGAUCGCAAAGGACGGCGGCGAGGUCGGGCACCCCCGCCAGGACCGCUUCGGCGUGAACCUCUGCUACCGGCGCGCGCGGGUGGGCCUCGACGGCAGCGACGCGGCCGUGCGGGAGGCCCUGCUGCGCUCCGGCCUCUCGCCCGCCGACGCCGAGGCCUCGCUCGCGGCCUCCUCCAGCGGCAGCUCCGCCCGGGCCCCGGCCGCCGCCCCGCCGCCGCGCGCGGCGGCCGCGGCCGCUCCCGUGCGGGCCGGCAUGCGCCAGCGGCGCCGCCUCCGGCACGCCUCCCGGGCCGCGCUCGCGAAGGCGGGCGGCGAGGUGGUGCGGCUGGGGGCCGUGCGGGCGCUGGCGGGCCUGGCGGCGCCGCCGGGGCCCGUGCUGGAGGCGGAGGACGCGCUGCACGCGCUGCUGCGCCGGCUGUCGGGCGAGGAGGGCUCCCUGGAGGUGCAGCUGGCCGCGGAGGGGGCGCUGCUGUCCUGCUGGGCGCAGUCCGGCGACGCACAGGUCGACGCGGAGCUCAGGAGGGGCGCGGCGCACCUGGAGGACCAGCGUCUGCCGGAGGCAGUCGCCGCCUUCACCCGGGUGACCGAGGCCGCCCCGGGCUUCGCGGAGGGCUGGAACAAGCGGGCUACCGCGCUGUGCGUGCAGGGCGAGUACAGCCGCGCCAUCGCAGACUGCGAGCGCGUGCUUGCCCUGAAGCCGCGCCACUUCGGCUGCCUCACGGGGCUCGGCGUGUGCCAUCUCGGGCUGGGCAACCGGCCCGAGGCGCUCCGCUGGCUCCGGGCUGCCCUGGACGUCUAUCCGGGCAUGCGCGGCGCGCGGGACAUGCUGGAGCAGGCAGAGUUGGAGGACAUCAUGGAGAAGCACCUGCAGCCGCGAAUGGACGCGAUCGUCGGGGAGUUCAAGAGCGGCUCAUCGGCACCCCCCCGGCUAGACAGCUCCUGCUCUUGGGACGUGCACCGCGUGAAGGUGGAGGACCCAGACGACGACCAGGCCGCCUGGGCAUACUUCUUCCGCAUGCAGAUCCGCGCCCCGCCGGGCAGCGACAGGCCCGUGCAGAGCCGGGCGCGCUUCUAUGUGUUGCAGGUGGCCGGCGGCGGCGUGGUGGCAUUCGCCAGGCCGACGCAGGGCAAGGAUCGCGUGAGCAUCGCGCCCGGCGGCGAGCACCGCUUCUGCUGGUCGCUGGUCCUCAGCUGCGAGCUCCGCGGCGCCGUCGCGGGGACGCUGCUGGAGCACCGCGGGGCCGCCCGCGGCGGCGCGCGCUUCACGCUCGAGGAGCUGCCGCAGCUGCUGCCGCUGGGCGCCCCCGAGGCGGACAGGGACAGCCUGCGGGGGCUCAGCGAGGGCUAUGCCUACACGGGCCAGCUGGACUUGCGCGGGGCCGAGUUCGCGGAGCAGACUGCCGUAGACAGCGCUAAUGCGGACGGCGGCCGUUAGGUGCUUAGGUGCCCGCUCUGGGUUUCUGCGCCUUCGCGGCUCCUUCAUCCUUCCCCACUCCUCC